GUUAUAUAACUUUCUUUUCAAAAAUUCCGUACACCUCUUGACUGCAACUCUUGAUGAAGGAGUUGACACGACAAUAUUGACACUAGGUGUACCUAGAUUUUGACUCAGUAUAGAUAAAUAUAGGUCGUACGUUCCUCAUCUUGCUCAUUCGCAGAGGCCGUCUAAUAAGUGUAAAGACAUUACCUGUAACGUACAUCGUCUUCGCUGCCAAGACGCGAACAUUGUUCAGAAAUAAUCGUGUAGUAUAAAACAAGUUUUUGCAGAAUAAAUAAAAUGGCCUACCUACAGUCUAUGCCCAAAUCUGAAACCAUCAGAAUACGCGAGAAACAUGUUGGAGCCGCGUGCCAACUUUUCUUCCGUUCAUCACCAUUAAAGAUAGUUCGGGGAAUCGCUCAGUACAUGUACGAUGAAACUGGCGAGAGAUACCUCGAUUGCAUCAACAAUGUUGCACAUGUUGGCCAUUGUCACCCACACGUGGUGGAGGCUGGACGCAAUCAAAUGUCCCUAAUAUCAACUAACAACCGCUACCUUCACGACGAACUAGUGAUCCUAGCCGAGAGGCUCGUCAAGACCUUGCCGGAGCCUCUGUCCGUCUGUUUCUUUGUGAACUCCGGUUCGGAAGCUAACGAUCUCGCGCUAAGACUCGCCAGGAUCCACACCAAGAACAAGGAUGUCAUUACCUUAGACCACGCGUAUCAUGGCCAUCUUACGUCUAUGAUUGAUGUGUCUCCCUACAAAUUUAACCUACCCGGAGGUCCAGAGAAGCCGGAAUGGGUUCAUGUGGCACCCGUCCCAGAUGUGUACAGAGGGAAAUACGUUUACCCUAACGACUCCCUGAAUGAAGAGGAGUUAGGGAAACUUUACGCUAGUGAAGUUGGCAAGAUCUGUAAAGAGAGUAAGAGAAAAAAUGGCGGCGUUUGUGCGUUCAUCGCGGAGAGCUUGCAAAGUUGCGGAGGCCAAAUCAUUCCGCCCGAGGGUUACUUUAAAGAAGUUUACCAACAUGUCCGCGAAGCCGAUGGUGUGUGCAUUGCCGACGAAGUCCAGGUCGGUUUCGGUCGCGUGGGCACCCACAUGUGGGCAUUCGAGACCCAGGACGUCAUUCCUGAUAUUGUGACCAUGGGCAAGCCGAUGGGCAAUGGCCACCCAGUAGCGGCUGUGGUCACAACACCAGAAAUCGCUAAGAGCUUCGCUGAUACUGGAGUGGAAUACUUUAAUACGUACGGUGGCAACCCAGUCUCCUGCGCAAUCGCAAACGCGGUUCUCGACGUCAUCGAAGAAGAACGUCUGAUGGAGCGAGCUCACCGCGUCGGCAACCACUUACUGAGCCGCUGUGAGCAGCUGAAGCAUAAGCACAGUCUGGUUGGCGAUGUGAGGGGCAAAGGUCUGUUUGUGGGAGUCGAGCUAGUGACCGACAGGGAGACCAGGACGCCAGCCACGGCGGAGGCGAAGCAUGUUGUAAAUAGAAUGAGGGAAGAAAAGAUCUUGAUAAGCCGCGACGGGCCUGACAGUAACGUGUUGAAGUUUAAGCCACCUAUGGUGUUCUCGACGCAAGACGCUGACAGGCUCGUCGACACCUUAGAUAGGGUGUUAGCAGAGCUUGAUGGUACGAGAACCUCCAUCAAGUUGCAGGUUCUGGUCACACCUCUGGAAGAAAACAACGACGCCAGUAUAAGUGCGAGUGUUCAACAGAGCAUCAAAAGCACGUGACCAUAACAAGAAUACAACUAAGUUAUAAGUAUUAAUCGAAUAUUAAGGCUGUAAAUAUAGAUAUUAACAUACAUAGACCUAAGUUACUGAUACUUAAAUAAGAUACAAUGCAAUACUAUUUUGUAAGAAAAUAAAACAAGAAUUUUGUGCACAAA